AUGCCCCAGUCUAGCUUUCCCACGGUCACCCUCGGCGAUCGAGGUGGAGGUGCACGACCCGCGAACUUCGACGCGUCCACCAUCCCAGUCGUCUUCAACGCCAACAUGUCGGCCACUCCGCCUCCCGAAAGGUGCCAGGACGACUUCGAUGACUCAGACCCGACUUACACUCACUUUCAGCGUCGGGCCGAGUUCAUGCCCUUGCUCUCCAACUUUCUCUCCAUCGACCUCGCUGCCGAACCAACACCCGGAGAGGACAAGGAAGAGGGCGCCCUCGUGACCCAACUGGGCAACAUUCUCGACUACUACCUUCCGAUGCCCGGGCUGCUGGACCCAGCGCUUGAUGAUAUCGUUCCCCCUCUCAUGGCCAGACUCGCAUCUUCCCUCGAGCACAUGCUGGCGAGCAAGUCGCUUAGCCCAGCCAGGCUUGCGCGUCUCGGCCGGGUCGUUAACUGGGUGGUGAAAGUGCGCGGGUGGAAAGCCGUCAUCCCCUACUUCCCCUCUGCCCUGGGACACCUACACGUCCUCAUCGCCCUCCUUCCGGACCCCCGCCUGGCCUCCGACGACGCGUGGGAGCUCCGAGCUGUCCUCCUCCUCUGGCUUGCGCUCCUCUUAACGGUGCCAUUUAGCCUAUCUGCGCUCUCAGACGAGCCCACAGGGACCGGGCUCGAUGUGCCGAGCCACGCACGCCUCUUUGCCGCGCCCAGUUCGGACCUCGCCGCGCGCGUCAUCCUCCUCGUCCUCCCUCUCCUCAACCGGCCCGGACGAGAAGGAGAGUACGCUGCGCUAGUCCUGGCGCGGCUGUUUGCUCGCGACGAUGCGGUACAGGGCCUCCCCGGCUUCCUGGACUGGGCGGGCGCGGAGCUCUCGGAUGGCGAGCGCGAGCGUGAGGCCAACUUUGUCACCUCCCUCCUAUCCUUCCUGGCCGUCCUGCCAGCCAUGAUCGACGCGUCCCACCUCCCCACUCUGUCUGCCUUCUAUGUCGACGUUCUCAUCCCACACCUUGCGGGCGGCGCGACUGCCGCAUCCUCCGGCCUGAUCCGCAAGCUCGCCAUCAAGGCGCGCGGCCGCUGGUGGCUCGCCCGCCUGCGCGACGACAUGGACGGCGUCGAGGAUGUGCUCGACGACCUCAUGACCGCUCUCAGCGACAAGGACACAAUCGUACGCUACUCUGCAGCCAAGUAUCUUGCGCGCAUCGCUGCCCUCCUUCCCCACGAGUUUGCCGAGGAAAUCGCUGCCGCCACUGUUGGAUUGUUCGCGGGGACUGAGGACGAGCCAGUCCUCGAGACGAGCUUUGGUGCUGUCGUAGAUCCGGGUGGCAGCGCAGCCGGCUGCGGAGCAAUGGGAUUAGGAGGGACAGAGGCAAGCCGAGGCGAGGCAAGGUGGCACGGCGUCUGUCUUGCUGUGGCUGAGCUCGCGCGCCGCGGCCUCCUCUCCGACGUUGGUACCGCCGUACCAUGGGUACUGAAGGCGCUGGGUUUCGACUUGCGCCGCGCCUCUCAUUCCGUCGGUGCCAACGUCCGCGAUGCUGGCGCCUAUGUACUUUGGAGCCUGAGCCGCGCCGCGCGUCCCGAGCAGCUCGCGCCGUUCGCAGAGAGUAUGGCAACGGCUCUCGUGUGUGCUGCAACACUCGACCGCGAGGUCGGUGUUCGUCGUGCUGCUAGUGCCGCCUUCCAGGAAGGCGUGGGCCGCCUGGGACUCUAUCCAUCGGGCAUCGACGUACUCGCCAAAACCGACUUCUACUCUGUCAGCGUGCGCCGCAAGGCGUUCGCAAACGCGGCCCCUGCUGUGGCCGCACACCCGGUCUACCGCGCCGCCUUGAGGGAACAACUGCACAACAUCACGCUGCGGCACUGGGACGUGGCUAUGUCCACGGCAGGAGCUGUGACGCUCGCGGAGCUCCUGGCACUUGCACCGGAGGACGUGCCAGACGCUACCGCUCGUGAACUCGCUUUCGUUCCCGCCCUCGACCCGGCCAGCACACAUGGAGCGCUGCUUGCGCUGGCGCAGAUCGCACCGUCUGUCAACGACGAGAAGAAGAACGAGUUCAUCGCUGCACUCGCUCGCGUCCGCGCCGCGGCGCUCAUCACGUCCAACGCUGCCGAAAUCAUCACCGCCGGCUGCGCACUCGUCGAGGCCGCCUUGACCCCCACGACAGACUUUACGUCAGCGCAGCGGUUCAUCGACGCUGCGGAACGACGCCGUGAGCCGGAGGUACACGAGGCGCUUGCCGCCGCAGGGCGAAAGUACUCCCAAGUGUUCGAGCCGGCCGUUGUGGAGAGUUUUACGCGCCGCGCAGUGGAGCAUCUCGAAAGCGCCCGGCCGACACAGCGGCAAGCAAACGCUCUCCUCCUCGGCCACAUACAGUAUCGCUCGCGGGAUGCAGCGGAGGCGCCUCUCGAAGCGCUUCUCGGCCUCCUGGAGCCCGCUACCAAGGCCGACGUCGAGACGCGGCGGAACGCCGUGCGGUCGAUCGCAGACGUCGCUGUGCAGAGUGUGGGCGACAAGUUGAUCCUCGACGUGCCGAGCUACGCCCGUGUCGUGGCCGCCCUGACGAAGGCAUUGGACGACUACGCGACUGAUCAGCGCGGUGACGUUGGCUCUUGGGUUCGCGCGGCGGCCGUGCGCGCGCUCUCACGUGUGCUGGUCGCGGCCGCUUCGGCACCUAUGCCCCUGGAACUGGUUUCGCAAGACGCAUUCGCCGCAGCAACUGGUGGCAUGGCGAAGCAGGCACUCGAGAAGCUCGACGUCGUGCGCGGAGCAUCCACUGUAGCAUGGGGUGACCUCCUCGCUGCAAAUGCGGAUGUGGUGUGGGCCUGGCCCGGAUCGCGGUGCAUGCUCGACGGCAAGCAGAUGCGACCCAGCUCUGAGUGGUUUGGCGCCGGCCUUGAGCUGCUCCGCACGCCUGCGCGGGCGGCGAUGCUCGCGGGCCUCGUCCAGACCGCCGGUAGCGCUCUGCAUUCGAGUUCCGAUCGCGCUGCAGGGCCCCUCACGCGCUGGCUGGCCGCUCUCCCGACUGGCGACGAGGUCCAUACCCUCGUCCUCACCGACCUCUGCACGCUCUUAGCCUCGAACCUCGGCGCGAAUCGCAUCGCCGUCCCGACCCUCACCACCCUCGCUCGCUUGUUCGUGGCCGGGCCAGCUGUCCUCGAGCCCACGAGCUAUACUCGCGCCUUAUCACUCGCAACACGCGGCGUCCCCACACUGAAGAGCAUUGACCGCAUCACCGCCGCCCUACGCCUCGUCGUCGCCGCCCUCACCCUCCCCUUUGCAGAGGCGCGGACCACAGCUGCCGCUGCGCUGUCACCAUUCCUCGCACAUCGAUUCCCACGUAUCCGCGCCGCGACUGCGGAGAGCCUUUACCUCGCGCUGCAGGAAGAGGGAGACGUUGAGCCCGAGCUUGAGGAGAUAUUGUUGGAGACGAGUUGGGCGGAGGAGGCUAAUGCGGUGUUGGCCACUCACGUGGCGGAACUCGUGGGAGUGCAUGUGGCGUAA